AUGGAUCGUAUCGAAGAAAAUCAAACUGAUGCACCAUCAGUCAUUUUCAAAUCAUGGCCAAUAGAUUGGGAUGACGAUGAAGAGUUUCGAGCUGGAUAUCCAUUUGAAUUAAAUCCAUUGGAAGAAAUCGAUGAAUUACAAAACGAAGGAGAAAAAGAAUCAUGUCUUGUUGAAUCAUCAACAGAAUCUAAUAAUUAUGAUGAUAGUCAACAAUCAGUUACUCUGUCAAGCAGUAAAUAA